AAGAGCAAAACAAUAUUACUGGUAAUUCUACACUGCGAGUAAUACUGCAGUGUUCACCAGUACCAGUAUUAACGUAUCUGUAAGAGGAACUAAAAGUGUUUAGUGAUGUUCUCACGUCGGCUACUUUCUCUAAUAAUAAAUACUCAGCAUAUUUCCAGAGAAUUGCAUGUUUCAAAAUCACUCUUAACAGCUGUCAUAAUAAAUGGAAAAGCAAUUGCUGAGGAGAUGCGAAGGGAACUCAAGUCUUCUGUCGAUGCUUGGGUAGCAUGUGAUAAGAGACAACCAAAACUAAUAGCAAUAUUAGUGGGAGAUGAUCAAGCAAGUAAAACCUAUGUUGGAAAUAAAGUUCGAGCUGCUGCAGCCAUAGGUAUUCUAAGCGAAACGAUCUUCUUUGGAAAUGAUAUAAGUCAAACAGAGUUGAUUGAGAAGAUUAAGUGUUUGAAUAAUGAUGAUUCUGUCGAUGGGAUCAUAGUUCAAUUACCACUGCCAAUAGGUAUUGAGGAAAAGGAAAUUUGUUGUGCUGUGGCACCAUCCAAAGAUGUGGAUGGAUUCCAUAUUGAAAAUAUGGGAAAACUUACUUUGGAUAGAAUAGGAAUAGCACCAGCUACUGCAUUGGGUGUCAAAGAAUUAAUUUUAAGAAGUAAAAUAGAUACCAUUGGUAAAAAUGCUGUAAUUGUUGGUCGGUCUAAGCAUGUUGGACUACCGAUUGCCUUACUGCUUCAUGCAGAUGGUAAAGGUGAAACUGGAGCUCUGGAUAUGACUACAACGAUUUGCCACAGAUUUACGCCACACGAGCAAAUGAAGAAUUUCACUAAAUCUGCAGAUGUGAUUGUCAUGGCUGCAGGAGUUCCUGGUUUACUUACCAAGGAUAUGGUGAAACCUGGGGCAUGUGUUAUUGAUGUUGGUAUUAAUAGAAUAAAAGACAAUACUGGAGGAUCCAGGCUGGUUGGGGAUGUUGAUUUUGAGUCUGUGAAAAAAGUUGCUGGAUACAUUACUCCAGUACCUGGUGGUGUUGGCCCUAUGACAGUGACUAUGUUAAUGAAGAACACUUUCCUGGCUUCAAAAAGAAAUCAGGGUGAACGGUAGUUUUUAUCUAGAAUAGGGAGAUAAAUGUUCCACUGAACUUAUGUAUGUGACUUGUAUUACAUUAUUCACUUGAAAUAGUAUAUUUUAAAAAAUAGUAUUAAUAAAUGUAUAAUUUUUGUUUACAAAUGAUGAGAAAAGCAACGAGAUUUUUAUUUUCAGAAUCUUAUUUAAAUAUUCUAAUCCAAUAAUGUAUGGUAGAAUUUCAGUUAAAUGUACUUUGUGAGAUAAUCUAUAAUAAAUAAAUAGUGGUCUGCCUUGGCUAUUUGGUAUAGGUUAAAAGUUUCAGUUGCUCUUGAGAAAACUGUUUAAACGGCAGUAGUAAAGUAAGAUACACCAGCGAAAAUACUAACCAUAGAUAAAAUUAAUGUAAUUCUGAUAUGUGAUAUUAGAGGUAUGAGAUUAUACAUUAAAGACUAUUAUAAAAAAAAA